UCUGUCUGUCACUGUCAUUUCGUCCAUUGACGAUUCCAACGACCUACAAAUCGGGGAAGGUCGAUCACAUUGCGGUUUCCUAACCGUCCCGAGUACCUGGACGGAGUAGCAAUAGUUAAAUUUAAAAGAAGAAAAUGUUGCGAACGAUCGUUACACGAACUCAAGCCCUAAACGGUGGACUGAAAAAAGGUGUUCGGUCCAAUCUCACACGGUGUAUGAGCACGGAAUUGGCCAGAAGAAAACACAAUAACAAACCAAUAUUAUCAUCACCACAGACACUUACAGCUCCUUCAUCAUGGAGCAUACAGAUCAGACAUUAUGCAGAUUUGCCGACACACUCCAAAGUGGCAUUGCCUGCACUCUCCCCCACUAUGGAAAGCGGAUCUAUAGUCCGCUGGGAGAAGAAGGAGGGAGACAAACUCAAUGAAGGUGACCUUCUGUGUGAGAUCGAAACCGAUAAGGCCACGAUGGGCUUUGAGACCCCUGAAGAAGGAUACCUGGCCAAGAUCAUGAUCCCGGCCGGCACAAAAGGAGUGCCUGUUGGCAAACUCCUGUGCAUCAUCGUAGAGAACCAAGCAGAUGUAGCCGCAUUCAAAGACUUCAAAGACGAUGGCGCCGCAGCCCCUGCUCCUGCGCCGAAGAAGAAAGAGGCAGCCCCGGCAGCCGCGGCGCCUGCGCCGGCGCCAGCCGCAGCCGCGCCCGCGCCGAAGGCCGCGGCCGCCGCGCCCGCCGCCGCCGCUGCUCCCUCCGGAGACCGUGUGUUAGCUAGUCCCUUCGCCAAACGAAUCGCUGAGCUUAGGAACGUCAGACUCGGAGGGCAGGGCUCGGGCCUGUACGGUUCACUGAAGAGCGCGGACGUGUCCGCAGGCGGCGCGGCGCCGGCCGCCGGCGCCCCCGCGGCCCUCGCCCCGGCGCCCGGCGCCUCCUUCGUCGACAUCCCCCUCUCCGGCAUGCGCGACACCAUCGCCAAGCGACUCUCCGCUGCCAAACAGACCAUACCUCACUACCAGCUCUCCGCGACCGUCAACAUCGAGAAGACUAUGGCUAUGAGAGCGGCCGUCAAUAAGGCGAUGGAGAAGAAAGGUGUUAAGUUGUCAGUGAAUGACUUCAUUAUCAAGUCGGUCGCGGCGGCGUGCAAGCGAGUACCUAGCGUCAACGCUCACUGGAUGGACUCACAUAUUAGACAGUUCUCAAACGUAGACGUGAGCGUUGCGGUGGCGACUCCCACUGGCCUCAUCACACCGAUUGUGUUCAACGCGGACUCCCGCGGCAUCAUCGACAUCUCCAAGACGGUGAAGGAGUUGGCGCAGCGGGCCAAGGACGGCAAGUUAGCCCCGGCGGAGUACCAGGGUGGCACUGUCACUGUGUCCAACUUGGGCAUGUUUGGUAUAACGAUGUUCAACGCGAUAAUCAACCCGCCGCAGUCGCUGAUCCUGGCAUGCGGAGGUGUUCAGGAGUUGAUCGUGGAGGAUGAAGAUGCGCCUAAAGGAUUCCGGAAAGCGAAGUUCGCGACGUUCACGGCGUCGGCGGACCACAGAGUGAUCGACGGCGCGGUGGGCGCGGAGUGGAUGGCCGCGCUGCGGGAGAACCUCGAGAACCCCGCCAACAUCAUCCUGUGAACACAUCAACACCGACUCUUAUCCGUUUGCUAAGUGGACAACGUAAACUAUUAGCUACUAGAUUUUAUAAGCACAAGUUUUUUCUUACGUCUCCUCAGCGGUUACUGUACUAACCGUGCACCAUGAUGACCUGUCUUGAGGCAUUAAACUCAUAAAUCCAGUUUUAUACUACACACGCGUUCUCGAGAACAGUUGUGAAAGACAACGCGACGGUAGAUAAUAUUAUUAGUGUUCUACAUAUUGGCUGCGGACAUUAUUAAAUGGGUGACCGUUUGCUCUUACGUAAAUAACAAUCUGACGGUGAAGUCCUAUCGAAGAGUAUUGGGCAUUCUGGUGUCGGUACCCCUUUCGGGAAUAUACCGAUUUGGCGUAUAUUUCCUACGAAAAGAAAGUAUUCGUUGAUGUAUAAAUUAUGAUUCGGUAACGAUGCUAGCUCAUCCUCACUCCGCCCAUUCUUCAUAAUAGGACCUUUCAUAUGCAUCGAACGAUUUGCUACGUACAUUUUGUAUUACUUUUCGGUGAGAAUUUUAACGAAAUCCCUAUUUAUUAUUGUAUUUUUUUAAAUACUUUUUUUCAACAAUUUAUUUUAUAAUAAGUAUACUUUCUUUUUAUCGAAGGUGUCCAAUUAACAAAUAGAAAAGAGAUGAACACUGUCAUGUCCUUCGAUUACAUUGGGUGUUUAGGCAAUUAUCAUCACCGCGAAUCUAAUGUGAUAAGUAGAUAAUCGAAAUUUGUUAAAGUCAACUUACGUAUGUUAUACCGUACUGCCACAGUCCAUUUAUUCGAAGGACUUGCGGGUAACUUGUUAAGAAAUUAUUUAUUUAUGUACUAAGGAAUGAUAGUCAUGCAGACACUUAUCAUGUUCUUAUUAUCGUAAAGUGAUUGGAUCGAUGUUCUUGCAUAUGCUAGUACGUAUUAGUCCAGCUCGACAACAAACGGUACAACAUCUAGUGUUUGAGUGUCAAAGCGAUGGUAUUGGAGAAAGCAAUGGUUUCCAACACAUUGAGCUUGCAUUUGUGUACAAAUUUGACUUAGUAGUACGGAUCAAAGGUCUAUUGAACUGUUUAUUUAUUUUCAUCAUCAUUUAUUUUUAUAUUUGUGAAAUUAUUUGGAGAUAUGUAAUACUUAUAGUCAGUGUAAAUAUGCGACUUUGUGAUGGCACAAGGCAAAAGUAAUGUUGUUGUUUUCGUACCAACAGUUUCGACAUGUUUUGAAGCUAGGUUUUAUGAACGUUAGUGAAUUAUAUUUUACAUAAAUUA